UAUGAUGGUAUAAAAUAGAAUGACAACUUCAGUUUUAAAAUCCAACGGACAGGAUUUGAUUUCUUGCUUAAGAGGUAGGCCCAUUUCAAUGGACUAUUCUCCAGGAAACGACUCUCAACACGAUUUCGUCUCGUUGACUACAGGGAAAUCGAGGGGACCAGGCUAAAAGAACAAACGUUUGACCACAUGGGCAAUUGCUUCUACUGAAAAAUCUCCUGUUAAAGAGAGAAAUUCAAUUUGAGGUGACCGUUAUAUAUAUAUAUAUAGCCGUCGAAAACAAAAUUUUAAAUUCCCGGGAGAACAGCCGCUAGCCAGGGAAGAAUAUGGAUCUUUUCUCUGAGGAAUUGCAGGGUGAUGCCUUCUGGUACGAGCCUACUCCACUUAACCAAAGCGCUUUCCUGCCAUACACAAGCACGCCCACAACCGAAAUUUCGGCAAGUAAUUCUGGCAAUCGAUCAAAUCCUACUAACAUGAACAAGAGAAUCAUAGAAUUCAUGACGAUAAGUUGGCCCGUCAGGACUGAAACUCAAGAAUCUGAGAGUGCGAGAUGUUUUCGCCGGAAGAUUAGCGAAAGAGUGCGGAGAGAGAAGGAAAAGAACGGGUACUUAGCCCUUCACGCUAUGUUGCCUCUUGGCACGAAGAAUGAUAAGAACUCGAUUAUGCAAGUGGCGGCGAAGAGAAUUCAUGAGUUGAAGCGGUACAAGGAGGUGUUGAAGAGGAGAAACCAAGAGCUUGAAGCGAAAUCUGAGGCGAUGGAGGUGGAGUAUGCGAGGAGUACAAAGAUUGAGUUCAAAGUACGCAACGCAUCAUCAGGGGUUGAUUAUAUGGUGGAGGUUCUUAAGUGCUUGAAUAGCUUGGGAGCAAAAAUCAGAAGCAUUAAAUCAACGUUUUCAGAUGAGGAACUUGUAGCAGUAAUGGAUAUUGAAACCCAGAUUUCAGAUGCUGAGGUAAGAAAGGCAGUGCAAUCUACGCUAAAGGAUGUUGGGAGGAAACUUCUCGGCCAUUUUGCUGAAGGAAGCAUGCAGCACAACGUAUAAAAGCAAAACAUAAUGGGGUGGGUUGGUGACCUUCAUUGCUCCAAUUAAAUAUUUCUAUCAUUGUAUUAAAGAUAGAUCAUAGGUAUUUUUUGAGAAAAAGUCAAGUCAGUUUGCCUGUACUGUACUAAGAACAUGUUCGCUGUCAACUUAGAUUGCUGAUUAUGGUUGGACUUUUAUUUUUUGAACUGAAUUGAAAAGAUGCUCCAACGAAUAUUUAAUUUACGCCGCACGUACA